AUGAAGUGUGUAGCUUGUGCAACAUUUGCUGCUGUCUUUCCUCUAGGCAUCCUUGGUGAAAUGACAUCAAUUGGAACAUUAGUGGCCUUCUUUCUUGUACAUCUUGCUGUCAUCAUCAUGCGUUUUACACAUAAAGAUGUACCACGUGCCUUUCGCGUUCCUCUAGGACCUUGGGUUCUUCCUCCAUUAGGUGCAUUAUUAUGUGUUUUACUUAUGGCAACUUCUUCGAAAGAAACAGGUAUUCGACUUGGUGUAUGGAUGGCUAUUGGUCAAGUUAUUUAUUUUGUUUAUGGUUACCGAAAUUCAAAAUUACGAAAUCCAAAACCAAUUGAGUCAAAUUUGGCUAUGAACAAUCUUACUGUACAAAAAGAUGAACAACCAACAUCCAAUGAAUCUGUCGUCGACCAAAACGAUUCUAAAGUUGAAAAAUUAGUCAUAUAA